AUGGCUGACAAUGCGCGCCAACCGAAUUUGAACUUGACUCCCGAAGAGAAGCGAGUCUUCUAUCAACUUUUUCAAGCUGCCGACACGACAAAUCUAGGCGUUAUCACAGGCGAGAUUGCUGUUCCAUUCUUCGAGAAGACCCAGCUCGCCCCGGAAACCCUCGGAUUGAUAUGGCAAAUCGCGGACAAGGAGAACAGGGGUCUCUUGACCCCCUCUGGGUUUGGUGUCGUGUUGCGAUUGAUCGGGCACGCCCAAGCUGGUCGCUCACCCACAGAUGAAUUGGCUUUACAAACUGGCCCAUUACCCAAGUUUGACGGGAUUGUGGUCGACACUUCCGUACCUUCUCCGCGAGAGAGCGCAGGCAGUCCUCAACCUGCGGCUGGUGGACCACCGAUUCGAGUUCCCCCCCUAAACCCUGAGGAUGUCAACAAGUUUGUUUCUUUGUUCGAGAAAUCGGAUGUUGCUAGAAGUGGGACUAUCAAUGGUGAAACCGCGAAACAGAUCUUUGAACGUGCGAGGCUUCCGAACGAGAUUCUUGGCCGGAUAUGGAAUUUGGCGGACACCAAGCAACGUGGAGUACUUGAUACGACGGAGUUUAUCAUUGCCAUGCACUUGUUGACUUCGUUCAAAUCCGGCGCCAUGAGAGGGAUCCCGCAAGUCCUACCUCUCGGCUUAUACGAUGCAGCCGCUCGGCGAGGCGCCAGCCGGCCGUCCUUCAGUGGCCCAAGGCCAGGACUCGAUGUCCCGCCUGUGCCUGCAAUUCCCAAGCAGUUCACCGGACCUCAGCGGACUCAAAGUCCUAUCAACAGGCAGCAAUUCGGUUCCCCUCUUUCUGCACAAUCAACGGGCGGCGAGUGGCUUGUCUCACCAGCGGAGAAGCUCCAGUUUGACAACUAUUUCAACACUGUGGAUACGGCGAAGUCUGGUGUAAUUAGUGGCGACCAAGCAGUCUCCUUCUUUACGAAAGCACAGUUACCUGAGGAGACCCUCGCGCAAAUUUGGGAUCUUGCGGAUAUUGAUGCUGAUGGCCAAUUGACGAGGGACGAAUUUGCCGUCGCUAUGUAUCUGAUUCGCCUGCAGUAUACGGGCAAGGGUCCCAUUCCGCAGCAUCUACCACCGGCUUUGAUUCCUCCAAGUAUGCGCCGACCAGGUUCUGCGCAGGCAGUGCCAGUCCCUGCUCCAGUCCCUGCACCUGCCCAGGCCCCUGCUCCAAUCCAAACUGCUGCAGAUGAUCUCUUUGGCCUUGAUCCAUUCGCAACUGCUCCUGCGGCCCCUAUUCCUGCUCCUGCCCAGAUGCCACAGUCGACGGGCAACUCAAAUUCUCCAUUUGCGGCGCCGAGCUCGCCAGGACCCCAGUCAUCCCCACCGGCCAGCGCAACAACGUUCAAGCCUUUCGUCCCCACGUCAACUUUUGGUCAAAGCCUGCAACCGCAGGCGACUGGUGCCUCCUCUGGCCCGUCAACCGCUCGUUCUCCGCCUCAGCCGUCUGAUGACCUUCUCGGAGACAAUGACCCUGAAGAAUCCAGCAAGUUGACUCAGGAGACUACGGAACUUGCCAACCUAUCUAAUCAGAUUGGAUCUCUCGCAAAUGAGAUGCAAAAUGUUCAAACGAAGCGAAGCGGCACCGAACAGGAACUUUCUCAGUCUUCCCAACAAAAGCGUGACUUCGAAUCCCGCCUUGCGCAAGCUAGGUCAAUGUACGAGCAGGAGGUGAAGAAUUUCAAGGCUUUGGAAGAGAAGCUGAAAAUUUCUAAGGCCGAAACAACUAAGUUGCAACAGGAGUACGCCUUGAUUGAUGGCAGUAGACAGGAUCUUCAAAAUCAGUACAACCAGGUGUCUGCUGCUCUUGCAGCUGAUCAGCAAGAAAAUGCAAGCCUAAAGGAGAAGAUCCGUGAAGCUAAUGCAGCAGUCACUCAGUUGAAGCCGGCGUUAGAGAAAGCUCGAUCCGAGGCACGCCAACAGAAGGGGCUUGCUGCAAUCAACAAAAAACAACUGGCAACUGUAGAAGGAGAACGGGAUAAGAUCCAAGAAGAAAUCGAUGAUUCGCCCAAGGAGAAUCCAACUAGGGAUGCCCCAGCAGAGUCUGAAGAGGUUGCGUCGCCCGCUAGCAAUCCCCCCGCUGUGACAAGUCCUGCAGCGUCAACAGCUAGUCAGAAUACCAAUCCCUUCUUUAAACGCACGAUGACCGGCUCGAGUGAGAAUAACGCCCCAUCGCCCCAGAUCUCAAACGAUCAACAACGUGCCUUUGACAGUCUGUUUGGUCCUUCCUUUGGCGCUGCCCCAGCCACAGCUGUCACUCCUCCUCCGCCAACAUCCUUUCGCGCAGACUCCCAAGGGAACUCAGUAGCGUCCCCGGUUGGCUCUGGAGUCCCAACUCCGUCAGUAUCCCCCCCGCCCUCGUCCGCUGGUGCAUUUGGCUCGGAACCACCGCCUCCCGCCCUCUCUCGUCAGAUGACCCCGAAUGCCCUUCCUUUAACUGGAACACUCUCUGAAACCACUUCUACCAAAGUUUCUCCUCCAGGUAGUAGAUUUGGUGCUCAAGAUGCAUCUAGUGUGGGGACUCCCUCCCGGGCUGGUGGCAGUGAAGCCCGUGCUGCUUCUACAUCUCCGUUUGACGAGACGGAAGAUUCGAAGGACCGAUUUCCACCCAUCCCCGGUGCUUUCGAAGAACCCUCACAGUCGUCUGCAUCACUAGGUAGUGAGGAAAGGCCAGCUGAGGGAAAAGACCCUAGCUUUGAUGAUUUGUUUGGUGGACCGGCUCAUCAGCGAUCCAAAUCUCAGAAGGACAAUGAUUUCGAGGAGGCCUUUGCCGCGUUGAAGGGCCCUAAUGCGUCUGAAGCGGCAAAGCCCAACGGUGCACCAGAGUCCGAAUUUCCGCCAAUCCGCGAGAUUGACGAUGACGAUGACGACAGCACGGACAGUGAAACACAACUAGGUUUUGACGAUAACUUUACGCCUGUUUUCCCUCAGAGCCAUGGAGCUUCGAAGUCAGACGGCAUUGAGCCAUCGCAACUUGCUGCAUUCCCAGCUCCAGGGUCAUCCAAUAGCCCAACCCUGCCUCCACCUGCGGCAGAAUCACAACCUAGCCCACCCAAGUAUGAUGAAGGUGCUGAAAAGCAGGCUCCAGGCAACAUACCUCCAGAGUUCAGUGGCUUGCUCCCCACCAGGUUUGACCCAACUGCCGCUCCGGACGCUCCUCAUUCCGUAGAAUCUACAACCGGUGCCCCUAUCGUCGGCGGGGAGGCUCAGAAAGACACCACCCAAACGACCCCACCUACACAAACUCCAGGCGGAAGCAAGGCUCCUGAUUUUGAAGCCGCUUUUUCGGGGUUAAACCUCGCACCCGCGAAGGAGGCAGACGACGACGACGAUGAAGAUGAAGAUUUCUCACGAUCCGAGGGCCGACAGAACAACAUGGACUUUGAUUUUUCGUUUGAUCCCGCAGCGUCUCAACAGCAGAGGGCUGCCACCCAAACCAGCGCCUCUGGAAAUACAAGCUCUGAUUUCUUUAGCUUCGACCAGGGUGCCGCACCCUCGUCAUCUGGCCCAGCGAAUCCUGGGACUAAGUCAGAGGACCACGACUGGGAAGCGCUCUUCGCCCCUCUGGACAAUAUCAAAUCUCCAGGCGCAGAGGCAAUCAACGGAGCUCCUUCAGGCGCAUCCACUGAGUCGAAGCAACCUGGCUGGGCACUUCAAAAUGAGACACAGGAUGAUCCGAACCUCCAGCGCCUUACGGGUAUGGGCUUCCCCCGAGACGCCUCCCUGGUCGCCCUAGAAAAAUUCGACUACAAUAUUGACAUGGCAAUCGACCACCUCACGAAAGCGUGA